AUGCCGGUAGACUUGAGCUUCUUGGCUCAGUUCUAUGGAGCAUCUCCAGUUUCUGGUUAUCAGCUUUUCGUCUACCGAAGGCGUGUAUUCGAGAAAUCGACAAGAUCUGUUCGGCCUUCCUAUGGUGAGGUAGCGAGCUUAACCCUCGGAAAGCAAAAUUGUGUUGGGAAGAGAUGGAUUCACUCCACACUCCUUAAGAAUGAGUCUAUUUGGUCUGUCAAAGAUAAUGAUCAAAAAGGUUCAUGGAUGUGGCGAAUUUUUUUGAAAAUUCGAGGGCUGGCUCGGGAGUUCUGUAAAGUUGAAGUUUAUAAUAGGAAAGGGACAUCUUUCUGGUACGACCAGUGGUCUCCUUUAGGCUGCUUGAUGGAUAUGUUGGGAACAAGGGGUCAGAUCGAUAAGGGAAUACGGCAACAUGAUACGGUGCAUACUGCGAGGACAAAACGUAGAAGAAGAGUUCAUCGUUCUGAGGGUCUGAUUCAAAUUGAGAACCAGCUCCAGUCUUUAUCUCGUUCUGAAGAGGAGGAUGUUGUCCUUCGGAAAGGGAAACAAGAUAUUUACAAAGAUCAGUUUCUUACUGCAGAAACCUGGAAUCACAUCAGAACUAAAAAAGAAAAGGUCUCUUGGCACAGAGGAAUCUGGUUCACUCAUGCUACGCCAAAGCACAGGUUCUGUACUUGGCUAGCUAUUCGUAAUCGGCUCACUACGGGAGAUAGGAUGGUCGCCUGGAACGCUGGGAUUGAUGGGACUUGUGUUCUAUGUAUGCACCAUCUGGAAACGAGAAACCAUCUAUUUUUCGGCUGCGAUUACUCCUCAUCACUAUGGUACAAGCUGAUGAAUGUUUUUAUGGGUAAUGGUUACUCAGAAGAGUGGAUUGAUGUCGUGCUCUUCAUACAGAAACCAAACCUGGAUCGAACCAGGAGCUUCCUUGUUCGUUACGUUUUUCAAGCUACAAUCUACAUGAUUUGGCGUGAGAGAAACUGUCGCAGGCAUGGUGAGAGGCCGCAAUCUCCUGAAGUUCUCUUUGCCAUGAUUGACAGACUGGUCAAGAACAGAAUUAUGUCCAUUAGAGCACAAGACAGGAGACUUGAUUGUGCUUUCCAACUUUGGAUUGAAGCUGUACAAGCUUGA